UUUACAGAUCUGACCCCGACACACAUCAGCUGGCAGCCGUCAGUGAACGCAGCCAACCACCACACUGACAGAUAUGCCAACACCGAGCUGACUGUCAGGAGAGGACAAGCCUUCAUUAUCACCCUGUACUUCAACAGACCGAGGCAGAAUGGGGAGAGCCUAGGAUUUGUCACUGAAAUAGGACCAUCCCCCUCGGAAUCCCAUCGCACAAGGGCAGUAUUUAACCUCUCUGAGGCGGGGGGCAGUGGCUGGAGUGCUGCCCAAGGAGCCAGCGACUCUGCAGCCAUGAACUUCACAAUAACCAGCCCAGCCAACGCCGUCAUCGGGCGAUACAACCUCACCCUCCGUGUCACCACGGGGAACAAGAUCUUCUCCAGAUACCUGGGCCAGUUUGUGUUACUCUUCAACCCUUGGUGCCCAGGUGAUGAUGUCUACAUGUCCAAUGAAAAUGAGAGACAAGAAUAUGUUCUAAAUGAAAAUGGAAUAAUCUUUGUGGGCAAUGCAAGGUACAUUGAAGCAAGAGGGUGGUAUUAUGGACAGUUUCAAGACCUUCUAAACAUCUGUCUCACCAUGCUUGAUCUGAGCCUGUACUACCGUCAGGACCCAGCCAUGGAUGUGUCACGGAGGGGAGAUCCUAAAUAUGUGGGCCGAGUAAUCAGUUCUAUGAUCAAUGGAAAUGAUAAUGACAACGGAGUUCUCCUGGGGAAGUGGCAGGGGAGUUUCCACUCGCACGAGAACCCAUCCCGCUGGGAUGGCAGCGUGGUGAUCCUCAAGAAGUGGCGUCAGGACAACUACAGGCCUGUUCAGUAUGGCCAGUGCUGGGUGUUUGCAGGUGUGAUGUGCACAGUUUUGAGGUGCUUGGGGAUUCCAACUCGUUUGGUUUCAAAUUUUAACUCUGCCCAUGACGUGGAUAGAAACCUGAGUAUCGAUAAGUACUAUGACAGCUCUGGGAGGAGUCUUAAUAUCAGCAAGGAUUCCACAUGGGAUUAUCAUGUCUGGAAUGAAAGCUGGUUCAUUCGCCCAGACCUGGGAAGAUCAUACAAUGGGUGGCAGGUUUUAGAUGCAACUCCACAAGAGCAAAGCAGAGGAAUUUUUCAGUGUGGCCCUGCAUCUGUCUUAGCCAUCAAAGAAGGUGAAGUAGACCUGGAUUACGACACCUUGUUUGUGUACUCAGAGGUGAACGCCGACUGCAACAGAUGGAUUGUAUACAAUGAUGGAACUAAGAAAAGGAUUUAUUGUGACACUGAAAUCAUUGGCAGGUCCAUCAGCACCAAAGCUGUGGGCAGCAAUGGGCGUGUGGAUGUCACUGCUAACUACAAAUAUCCAGAAGGCUCUUCUGAGGAAAGACGAGUCUAUAGAAAGGCCUUGGCCAAGAUAUUGGGAACGAGCGUCACAGAAGGACGCACAGACUCUGCUGGGGGAAGAUCUUCAGAGACAAUGAGGAACCCUGGGAUCGCUGGGAAAUUCAAGCUGGCUGAACCUCCAGUUUUUGGCAAAGACAUUAACCUAAUCCUGGUCCUCAGCAACCUCUCCUCUGACCGCAAGAGCGUGAGGGUGGACAUGAGUGCCUCCACCAUCCUGUACACAAGGAGAACAGUGGCAGAGAUCCUGAAGGCAGCCACUUCUGUGGAGCUUGGUCCUAAACAAGGGAAGCAUAUCCGGGUAAAGAUCCCUUAUACUCAUUAUGGAAAAUAUCUGACUACUGACAAAAGGAUCCAAGUUACUGCUUUGUGUGAAGUCAUGCGCACACACGGGCUGAAGCUGCUGGUGGAGAAGACAAUCAUUUUAGAGGACACAAACAUCAUCAUUAAGCUGCCCCGGAGGGUCGUGGUGAACAGAGCUGUGUCUCUGGAGAUCUCCUAUGCCAAUCCUCUCCCGGAGCCCGUGAGCCGCUGCGUGCUGCUGGUGACCCUGAUGAACCAACAGGUCAAGAUAAAUUUGGCACCACUGGCACCGAGGGAGAGAUCAAGAAUUUAUUUUGAGUUCACACCUCGGAGGGCUGGGCCCUUACAGCUGCAAGUAGACUUCUCUUGUGACAAAUUUUCACACGUUAAGGGAUUUGUAACAAUUGCAGUAGCACCUGCAUAAUGUGAUGGAAUCAACCUUCCA